UAGUUCGUGAACAUGGAUCAGGUGAUCUCGAGGAGUCUAUAACAGCUUCCUGGGGAGAGGGAAUGGAGUUCACUUCCAUCUAUGAGAAGUUUGCAUUCCAUCUCAGUUCACCUCACGACGACGGUGAGGGAAAGAUAUUGCAAGUCUUGUCACGUCAUGCCCUUGCCUUCUUAGAGAGAGAAACUUCCCUAAAACUACAUCGACUCAUGGCUGCGAAUCAUCCAAAAGGCUGGGAGCAUCAGCCAUACGGCAAGACGCUUAUAUCUCUGACAACGUAUGAUAGCUCAGACACAGCUUUGAGAACGCUGUCGGUUCUCUUGAAUUGUAUGCGGGAUCCUUUUAUGCCUGCAGCCCUCGCCGAAAGGCACUUGUCUUGUCUCAUGCGUAUUGGAGGUAUAUUACUCUCACCUGAGAACACGAUUGUGCAGGUGCAUGGCUUGGAUCAAUAUCCUUUCUUUACUGUCCAACAUACAGUCCAGUAUCACGCAAUGGGAUAUAUCGACACGAGAACUGAUAGACUUUUGGCAUAUUUAUUGGAGAUCGCAGAGGGCCACGAACGCCAACAAUCACAAGAGAAAGCUAACGGUGGAGCGAUCUAUUGGCAGCUCAUUUUAAGCCUGAAGCUCGUACUGUUACAUCAUACUAUGGCAAGUUCCACAGCGUCAAGACCAGGAUAUCAAUAUGCGGAAAGCCUCGCCUCCCUAGUGAACUAUGUAUCACAGAACAAAUGGUACCACGCCGGUUUUCCUCACAGAUAUGCUGAUUAUCUGGUGUGCACGACCGACAACAAGAUGCAUAUCGAAGACUUUAUCCUCGCUUGUCGCACGUUAUCGCAACCUCCACUCUGUCCAAGUGAAUUAGGCACUAUGGAUCGGACAUUGUGCUUGGAAACAGCGGUCGCAGUGCUGCAGGCGCAUCGUCGGGAAAUCGAUUUGUCUACUGCAGGAACAAAAUUAGUGGAAGAGCUUAUGAGCGAGUGGGUAGAGGAUCCUGAUGGUGCUCUGCGCUGGCUCGCGUUGACUUGGCGCAAAAAUUUAGCUACUCGGGGGUGAUGAUGUGAUUUGCAUCGUAAUAGUUGAAAUGCUUCAAUAUCAUGAUAUUAAUUCUCGACGCAAGCUAUAUUAUUCCGUUUGACCCGACAGGGGGUGGCUGCUGUCUGUCAUUCUCCCGGAUUUAGAAUCCCUGAAGGAUGAGCGCGAGAAACUUUACCGUCAAGGCGGCAGAGAUGCUUUCCAAAGGUGCUGGAUGGCGCUGCUGUCCAGUCAAGGCGGGAAGAGACUGGAAAACAGGACAUUUCCCCCUUUUUGACCUUCAUCGGAACCUCAAGAAACAUGAAGAUGCUCUUAGCUUGGACGGCCCGGUAGAUUCCUAUCUAGAAUUGACGUUACUACACGUCCAGACACAUCUGGAACUUGAAGAUCACGAUGAUUAUUAUGACUGGCACCCACUCGGCUGCAGGAACGAAGUUGGUUGAAGAAUCACUGAACGAGUGGAAGGGAGAGUCUGACA